AUGAAACUGCUCUCCAGCUUCAUCCACACCAAGAGACUAUGGCAGGUCGUCCAUGCCAGGAGACUAUGGCAGCUCAUCCACGCAGGAGACUAUGGCAGCUCAUCCACACCAGGAGACUAUAGCAGCUCGUCCACAUUUGAAGACUAUGACAGCUCGUCCACACUAGGAGACUAUGGCAGCUUAUCCACACCAGGAGACUAUGGCAGCUCGCCCAGGCCAGGAGAAUAUGGCAGCUCAUCCACACCAGGAAACUAUGGCAGCUCGCCCAGUCCAGGAGACUAUAGCAGCUCGUCCAUACCAGGAGACUAUGGCAGCUCAUCCACACCAGGAGACUAUGGCAGCUCGCCCAGGCCAGGAGCCUAUGGCAGCUCGUCCACUCCAGGAGACUAUGGCAGCUCGCCCAGGCCAGGAGACUAUGGCAGCUUGUCCACUCUAGAAGACUAUGGCAGCUUGUCCACGCCAGGAGAAUAUGGCAGCUCAUCCACUCUAGAAGACUAUGGCAGCUCAUCCACUCUAGAAGACUAUGGCAGCUCGUCCACUCUAGAAGACUAUGGCAGCUCGUCCACUCUAGAAGACUAUGGCAGCUCGUCCACUCUAGAAGACUAUAGCAGCUCGUCCACUCUAGAAGACUUUGACAACUCAUCCACACCAGGAGACUAUGGCAGCUCAUCCACACCAGGAGACUAUGGCAGCUCGCCCAGGCCAGGAGACUAUAGCAGCUUGUCCACACCAGGAGACAAUAGCAGUUCGUCCACACCAGGAGACUAUGACAGCUCGUCCAAACCAGGAGACUAUGGCAGCUCAUCCAGGCCAGGAGACUAUGGCAGCUCGUCCACACCAGGAGAAUAUAGCAGCUCAUCCACUCUAGAAGAUUAUAGCAGCUCGUCCACUCUAGAAGACUUUGACAACUCAUCCACACCAGGAGACUAUGGCAGCUCAUCCACACCAGGAGACUAUGGCAGCUCGCCCAGGCCAGGAGACUUUGGCAGCUCAUUCACACCAGGAGACUAUGGCAGCUCGCCCAGGCCAGGAGACUAUAGCAGCUUGUCCACACCAGGAGACAAUAGCAGUUCGUCCACACCAGGAGACUAUGACAGCUCGUCCAAACCAGGAGACUAUGGCAGCUCAUCCACACCAGGAGACUAUGGCAGCUCGCCCAGGCCAGGAGACUAUGGCAGCUCGUCCAUGCCAGGAGACUAUGGCAGCUCGCCCAGGUCAGAAGACUAUGGCAGCUCGUCCACACUAGGAGACUAUGGCAGCUCGUCCAUACCAGGAGACUAUGACAGCUCAUCCAGACCAGGAGACUAUGGCAGCUCAUCCACACCAGGAGACUAUAGCAGCUCGCCCAGGCCAUGA